AUGAUCUUACAUACAGUGACCAAGUUACCUCAAAUCAAUCUUCACCUAACAGAUUCGAUUGAUGAAGCCGAUGGUAACCAUCCAUUACAACACAAUUGCUUAUACGUUAAUAUUCCUCUUAAGAAUAAAAAUGAUACUCGUCAGAUUAUGUUCUAUUGUUUGAGUGAAUGGCUAUCGAAUUUGAAUAUACAGAAAAAUAAUCGUGAUCAUAUCUUUACUUUUGAAAUGUUCUAUCAGCAAGGCAUAACUAGUUUGGAACUUUACACUUGGUCGGCAUCGAUGGAUGUGAUUGAACGUUAA